GCAGAAAUGAAUGAUCUCUUUUCUAGUUCAUUCAAAAAAUACUCGGACCUCAAGCAACAAGCCUACUCGGACAACUUGGAGGCUGCUGGUGAGGCUUGGAAAGAGACUGUGAACCUUGACAAGUUCUUUGAAGAUGUAGACAAUGUCAAGGAUGAUAUGGGAGUGGUUAAGCAGCUCUACAAGAGGUUGCAAGAAUCAAAUGAAGAGACCAAAACUGCUCAGAAUGCUAAAGCCAUGAAAGAUCUUCGAGCUCAAAUGGACUCUGAUGUUGAGCAGGUCUUGAAACGGGUCAAAGUCAUUAAAGGGAAACUUGAAGCACUUGAAAGAUCAAAUGCCGCUCAUCAGAAACUUCCAGGGUGCGGUCCAGGAUCAUCUGCUUAUCGAACCAGGACAUCUGUAGUUAGUGGCUUAGGCAAUACACUAAAAGAUAUGAUGGAUGAUUUUCAGGGGUUGAGAGCAAAAAUGACAGCAGAAUAUAAAGAAACAGUUGAGAGAAGAUAUUUUACGGUAACAGGACAGAAAGCAGAUGAAGAAAUGAUCGAAAACCUGAUAGCAAGCGGGCAAAGUGAAACGUUCUUUCAAUAUCAAGGCCGAGGACAGAUUCUGGAUACAAUUUCAGAGAUACAAGAGAGGCACGACGCCAUUAAGGAAAUUGAAAAGAACUUGGUUGAGCUUCACCAACUGUUUCUGGACAUGGCUGUCCUGGUGGAGGCACAAGGGCUGCAACUGAAUGACAUCGAGAGCCAUGUGGCUCAUGCCAGUUCCUUUGUUGUGCGAGGGACUGAGCAGCUUGAGGUAGCUAAGGAAUAUCAGAAAAGUUCAAGGAAAUGGGGCUGCGUUGCUAUUGUUCUUGGCGUCUUUCUCGUUGUUAUUAUCUUAUUUCCAGUUCUAUCAUCAACCAUAAUUAAGAACACAUAGAGUUACGAAAUGCUUGUCCCGAAUUGGAUUCAGUCUUCCUUGAAGAAGCGCAAUGCAGGAGCCCACUUUUCCAAUUAUUUGGCUGCAGUUGUUUUAUGAGCAGUUUCUUUCCUUGAUUUUCUUCUUUAACAUCCAGUGUUUUUCAAGUCAUUUUAUUGCCAUGGGUGAAAAUAUAUUCUGCAUAGCUUCAUAACAUGGACACAGACAGAAUUAA